AUGCCCAUCCACAACGCCCAUCCACAACCCCCAUCCGCAACCCCCAUCCACAACGCCCAUCCACAACGCCCAUCCACAACGCCCAUCCACAACCCCCAUCCACAACCCCCAUCCUCAACGCCCAUCCGCAACGCCCAUCCGCAACGCCCAUCCACAACCCACACCCACAACGCCCAUCCACAACGCCCAUCCGCAACCCACCCCCCACAACCCCCAUCCGCAACCCACACCCACAACCCCAUCCGCACCCACAACGCCCAUCCGCAACCCACACCCACAACGCCCAUCCGCAACCCACACCCACAACGCCCAUCCGCAACCCACACCCACAACCCCCAUCCACAACCCCCAUCCACCCACACCCACAACCCCAUCCACAACGCCCAUCCGCAACCCACACCCACAACGCCCAUCCACAACCCCCAUCCACAACCCACACCCACAACGCCCAUCCACAACGCCCAUCCGCAACGCCCAUCCGCAACCCCCAUCCGCAACCCCCAUCCGCAACCCCAUCCGCCCAUCCGCAACCCCAUCCACAACCCCCAUCCACAACGCCCAUCCGCACAACCCCCCCCCACCCACAACCCCCAUCCGCAACCCCAUCCACAACGCCCAUCCACAACCCCCAUCCACAACCCCCAUCCGCAACCCCAUCCGCAACCCCCAUCCACAACGCCCAUCCACAACCCCCAUCCACAACCCCCCCAUCCGCCCAUCCACAACCCCAUCCACAACCCCAACGCCCAUCCACAACCCCCAUCCACAACGCCCAUCCACAACCCCCAUCCACAACGCAUCCGCAACCCCCAUCCGCAACCCCCAUCCACAACCCCCCCCAUCCACAACGCCCCCACAACCCCCACCCACAACCCCCCAUCCAACCCCAUCCACAACGCCCAUCCACAACCCCCAUCCACAACCCCCAUCCGCAACCCCAUCCGCAACCCCCAUCCACAACCCCCAUCCACAACACCCAUCCGCAACCCCCAUCCGCAACCCCCAUCCGCAACCCCCAUCCACAACCCCCAUCCCCAACCCCCAUCCCCAACCCCCAUCCGCAACCCCCAUCCGCAGCCCCCAUCCGCAACCCCCAUCCGCAACCCCCAUCUGCAACCCCCAUCCACAACCCCAUCCCCAACCCCCCCCAUCCACAACGCCCAUCCACAACGCCCAUCCACAACCCCCAUCCACAACGCCCAUCCACAACGCCCAUCCACAACCCCCAUCCGCAACCCCCAUCCACAACGCCCAAGCAAAACCCAAGGUACCCCCGCCCCCAGUACCCCGCCGCGAACCAGUACCCCCGCCCGAACCAGUACCCCGCCGCGAACCAGUACUCCUGCCGUGAACCAGUACCCCCUCCGUGAACCGGUACCCCCGCCGCGAACCAGUACCCCCGCCGCGAACCAGUACCCCCGCCAACCAGUACCCCGCCGCGAACCAGUACCCCCGCCGCGAACCAGUACCCCCGCCGUGAACCAGUACCCCCGCCGUGAACCAGUACCCCCGCCGUGA